AUGGGUACCCAAAAGAAAGAAAAGUCGAGAAGAGUGAGGCAAAAUGAUGUGAGGGAUGGUAACCUUCGUGUUAAAGGUGAAAAUUUUUAUAGAGAUAGUAAGAAGGUUAAACAUUUGCAAAUGUAUAAAACUGGUAGAGCGGUUCGUAAUGCUAAGGGAGAAAUAAUACAGGCUGCCGCUUUACAAAGUACGGAUUUGCCUACGGCUCGAGUUGAUCCAAAUAGAAAGUGGUUUGGUAACACCCGUGUUAUUGCACAAGAUGCGUUGAGCCAUUUCAGAGAAGCUAUGGGAGAUAAGAAGAACGAUUCAUACCAAGUUUUAUUAAGAAGAAAUAAAUUGCCUAUGUCAUUGCUUGACGAAAAAGAUCAGACCGAGUCUCCUACUCUGAAAAUUUUAGAGACCGAGUCGUACGAACAGGUUUUUGGUCCAAAACAACAGCGUAAGAAGCCAAGAUACUUGGCGGCAUCUAAUUUGGAAGAAUUAGCACAGUUAACAGAAGCAGAUUCUAAAACUUACGAAGACAAGCAAGAAUUAGAUUCUACGCUAGGCUUGAUGGGUGGUUCGAUUUUGGACAAGGAUGACUUUACCCAAGAGGCUAAAGAAGCCAUUUUCCACAAGGGUCAAUCUAAAAGAAUCUGGAAUGAAUUAUAUAAGGUUAUCGACUCUUCGGACGUGGUUAUUCAUGUAUUGGAUGCUAGGGAUCCAUUAGGAACCCGAUGCCAAUCAGUUGAAAAGUAUAUCAGGGAAGAAUGUUCUCAUAAACAUUUGGUCUAUGUUUUAAACAAGUGUGACUUGGUACCAACAUGGGUAGCAGUACGUAUAAGAUUACUUUCUCAUUUAUUAUGAUGUGUGGUGUUUUUUUUUUCAUUUUCCCAUUAAUUUUUUUUUUUGUUUUACACCAAAGCCUUUUGUCAGGGUGAUACUUCUAUUGAUAUUUAUAUCAAUGAUAUCCAGAAUAUUGCCUGUUACGUCUUUGGAAUAAUAAUACUACCCGCUCAUGAUCCUAAUUCUUGUUUCAAGAGUUGGUACUGGAAUCGUUUUGGUUCUGGUUUCGUUCAUACUUUGUUGAUAGUUUUUAUCGACGUCUUUAGGGUAGUAUCGGGAUCUUCUUGAGUUGAAACUAUUCUUGUUAAAGCUUUGCUUUGACUUUUGGUGAAUUUUUUCGUAGUAUAGAAACCGACAUUUUUUCUUAAACUCUUAUAUUGAGCCCACAUUUUCCACACACAUUAUGAAUGAAGAUUUAUUAUCACAAACUCCAAAUACUAACAUUAAUUUAGGCUGCAUGGGUUAAGCAUUUGUCUAAGUCAUAUCCAACUUUGGCGUUCCAUGCUUCCAUUACUAAUUCUUUUGGUAAGGGAUCAUUAAUUCAAUUAUUGCGUCAGUUCUCGUCAUUGCAUUCAGAUCGUAAACAGAUUUCGGUUGGUUUCAUUGGAUAUCCAAACACCGGUAAGUCAUCGAUUAUCAACACUUUACGUAGAAAGAAGGUCUGUACUGUCGCACCAAUACCCGGUGA